AUGGCCCUUUCGACGGGGAAGCCUCCGGACAUCGACGCUCAUUUCCGGAAGCGCGUCGGCGAGGCGCAGCGUGCCGGAGCGCACACCCGAGGCAGGAAGACGUCCAGGAAGCCGACGACGGCGCCCCAAGACGACAUGGCGCUCCGCGGCCCUGCGCCGCCCGCGCCAGGCCCGCCGCCCCGCCCCAGCCAGGGGGGCGGGCGGCUGCGUGGCUGCGGGCAUCCGAUGGAUGCGGGCGCCCUCCUCGGCGACCUCGAGGGGCCCAGGCGCGACGGGCGGCUGCCAGCUCUGGACAGGCUGCUGCAGCUGCCCCGGGGCCUCAGGGAGCUGGACCCGAGGAGGCUCGCGCCGGCGCUGCACGCCUGCUUGGCCGACGAGUGCCCAGAGGUGCGCUGUCGCUCCGCCGCCCUGGUGCCCGAGGCCCUGGAGAGCCUGCACCGCGCCGCCGCCGCGCCAGCAGAGGCGGCCCCGCCGCAGAAGGCCGUGGUGGCCAGCGAGGAGGCCCCGCGCGGCGCGCCCCUUGGGCGCGCCGCCGCAGCGGGCGCGCAGGCGUCCCGGCACGAGGAGAAUUGGUCGUCUCUCUGCAGAAGAUCAGGCACCGGCUCGCGGAUAACCUCGGGGAUAGCCACGAGUCCGUGCGCGCGGCAACCAGGCAGUGCCUGGUCGAGCACGCCAGCACCGGGAGGACCGCGCUCGGCCUCCUGGGGCGGCUGCCGCGCCAGAACACCGGCGCCGCCCCGUCCGCGCUGGUCGUGCGGUGAGGCCUGCUGGCCGCGCCAG